AUGAAUAUAUCUGACCGCAAUGUAUCGGACACCAAAAUUAAGUUAUAUCUCAAGCAAUUAUUGACAGCUCUCGGGCCGCUGACAGGAAUAAUCGCGGCUGGCAUGUCGAAUGGUUACAGCGCGAUACUUCUUCCGCAAUUGAAGACAAUUUCUUCCAACGACAGCAGCGAAUCUUUAUCGGAAUCUGCGGAUGCCGAUCACUUCGGAGCGCUGACAAUCGAUCAGGAAUCGUGGAUCGCAGCUGCCACGAUUCUGCCACUAACGCCGGGAUGUUGGACCGGCGGUUUCGUGGCGGAAAAGCUCGGUAGAAGGACGUCGUUUCUACUACUUUAUCCUAUUUAUUUCAUCGGCUGGCUGAGCAUCGGCCUCGCCACUAACGUACAAACUUUGAUAGCGAGCAGACUCCUGGCCGGAUACUGCGCCGGGAUCCACGCGUCGAUUUUUCCAAUCUACGUGAGCGAAACAAGCGACCCUCUGUUGCGCGGUGUUCUACUGGGGGCGGUUGGUUUGACCCUUUCCAUCGGUGCAUUGGCGUGUCACGCGAUGGGAACCUGGCUGAACUGGCGGACUACCGCGUAUAUCUGCGCCGCGUUGCCUAUAAUCAGCUGGAUUGCCUGUAUCUUCUCGCGAGAGAGCCCGAUGUGGCUGCUCGGUAGAGGCCAAGUCGAGGAGGCGAAGCGCUCGUGGAUAUUUCUCCGUGGUGAACGCACGCUCGAGGAAUUCUCCCUGUUGGAAACCACCAGACUCACGGAGAUCUCUGAGAAGAGAGCCGGCAAACGAUCGAUGCCGCGCUCGUUCGUAAAGACCUGGUCGUCGCGGUAUUUUUUGAAACCCUUCGGCAUCGCUUGCUUAUACUUUUUCGUCACGCAGUUUUCGGGCUCCAACAUGAUGACUUUCUACUGCAUCGAGAUGUUGGCGGACAUUUCGGGCGAGACGCACGCGUAUCUGAUAACGUUGAUCAUCGACGCGAUUCGCUUGACGUUUAGCAUUAUCGCGUGCGUCCUUCUAAAAACCUGCCGUAGACGCAUCAUGACGUUCGUAUCCGGUUUCGGCGUGGCUGCUACUUUAUUAUCCUUGAGCGCGUGCUUGACGUUUGAUAUUGGAAGACCAUGGAUUCCCGUAAUUCUACUCGUCGCUUACGUCGCUUUGCUGCCUUUGGGAUUGACUCCCAUACCCUGGUUACUUUGCGGUGAGCUCUUCUCGAGGACAUUUCGCGGGCUCGGCUCCGGAUUAACGUCCGGCUUCGGAUUUAUGUGCUUCUUCGUGGUGAUCAAGACGAUGCCGGCUAUGAUAGAAUUAAUAAAGCCCGAAGGUACAUUCGCUGUUUACGGCUCCGUAGCAUUGAUCGGGACUAGUGCUCUGUACUUUGUUCUUCCCGAGACCAAAAAUAAAACCUUGCAAGAGAUUCAAGUAUCUUUUAAUGCAAAAUCUCGCAAGCUGAAAAUACAAGAUGCGAAUAAUGUUUCAUGA